AUAGAUGAUGAUGAUGGAAAUAUGAGGCAGCUGAUUAAGCGGGCAAAAGUAACUUUACUUUGAGAAUUAAGAGGUGAUCAACUUAGCCAUUGCCAUUGGGUCUCUAAAAUUGAGAAUUUAAAGAAAAGUCAAAAGCGAUCUAAUGGCGGCGGAUCAGAGAGGCGCAGACUUCGAGAAGAAAGCCGAUAAGAAGAUCGCCGGCGCCGGCGGUGGCUGUGGUUUUUUCGGCUCUUCCAAAUUCGAAGAUGCUUCUGAUUUGUACCAAAAAUCCGCCAAUUCCUUCAAACUCUCCAAAUCAUGGGAUAGAGCUGGAUCAGUCUACAUCAAAUUGGCUAAUUGUCAUAUGAAGUAUUUGCAGUUGAAUAGCAUGUAUGAAGCUGGAAGUGCUUGUGUAGAUGCUGCAAAUUGCUAUAAGAAAACCUCAACCACAGAGGCUGUAGCUUGCUACAACCAAGCAGUUAAUAUUUUUCUGGACAAUGGCAGACUUCAUAUGGCUGCAAAAUAUUGUAAGGAAAUUGGUGAGUUAUACGAGCUUGAAAAGAACUAUAAGCAGGCAAUUGUUUAUUUUGAACGGUCCGCUGAACUUUUCCAAGGCGAAGAAGUAACAACUUCUGCAAAUCAGUGCAAGUUGAAGGUUGCAAUGUUUUCUGCACAACUAGAACAAUACCAAAAGGCAAUUGAGAAUUUUGAAGAGAUAGCACGACAUUCUCUCAACAUAAAUUUACUCAAGUAUGGAGUUAGAGGACACCUUCUCAAUGCAGGGCUUUGCCAACUCUGCAAGGGGGAUGUUGUUGCAAUAAACAACUCAUUGGAACGAUAUCAGGAUUUGGAUCCAACUUUUUCAAGGACACGGGAAUACAAGUUUUUUGCUGAUUUGGCUGCCACAAUCGAUGAGGAAGAUGUUUUGAAAUUCACCAAUGUUGUGAAAGAAUUCGAUAGCAUGACUCCACUGGAUGCUUGGAAAACCACCCUUUUACUGAGGGUGAAGGAAGCUCUGAAGGCCAAAGAACUGGAGGAUGAUGACCUGACCUGAAAUUAAAUUUUACAUUUUAUUUCAUUAGAAAAUAUUUGCAUAGGGCUUGUAUCUAGUAAAUGUAAAGUUCACAAAGAACUGUUUUUUAAACCUUUAUGAUUCAUAAUUGAAGUCCUAUUUUGAUGCAAAUUUUCUUGUAAAGCAUAGGAUUGUAGGACAAAGAUCUCUAGUUCCAAAAUCUCCAUAUCCAUCUAUCUCAAACUACUCGCAAUUAUUCGAUCAUUGAAAAUCUCAAGUGUAGUAUUAUUAAAAUAUGAGAUAAUAUAUAAAAAUCA